AUGGAUCCGGACCUGGCGCUCCACCUGGAGAUCGCCGCGGUGGUCGUGAUGGCGGUGCUCAUCGUCGCCGUAGCCGUCAGGGCCUCCGGCGGAGCCUGCGACGACGCGGCCGGCGCCACGGGGAGCGCCGCGGUGCACGACGCCGACGUCGAGGCCGCCCUCGGCGACGACACGCUCAUGUCGUACGAGCAGGCGGCCGACAGGAAGAAGAAGGCGAAGGAGGAGGAGGAGGAGGAGCAGGAGCGGUGCGCCAUCUGCCUGUCGGAGUACGGCGAGGGCGAGGCCGGCGAGCUGGUGCGGGUGGUGCCGGCCUGUGGGCACUUCUACCACGCGAGCUGCGAAAUCGACGGGUGGCUCCGGAAGCGCCGGACGUGCCCGCUCUGCCGCGGAGGGCUCGGCCGGCCGCCGCCGCUGCCGGGGCUGCCGCGGCCGGAGUGCCCGCCGAUGCCGCCGCGGAUGCCGUCCUCAGCUUAG